UCGUUGUCCACGGUGUUGUAUCUACCGCCCUCCCACGAGAGGCACGACAGUCUGAGAGCUAGUCUGAGAGCAGGGAGCGGUAAUAAUAUCAAGCCUCAUGAGGUCGUCAUCACUGGUAAGCGGAAGUUGUUGGUCCUUGCCGCCGCCGCAGGCGGCGGUGAUCCUAAUGAGGUCAAGCCUCAUGAGGUCAUCACUUUCGUGAAUCCUCUGUUGGUCCAUACUGCUGCAGUACUGGAGCAACCGAUCAGGAUGAUAAUGACUAUGAUCCUGGCCCUUUCUAUUACACUUGCAAUAGUGCAGACAUUGAGGGAGUCCUCCUCUACGCUGAUGAAACUUGUAGGCAACGCCAUUGAGUACUUCCUUCUGCUGCAAAAGAAGGGGUUUCUAUGCCAAGAGAUCUAUCUGAAGGCUCUCACCGGCAUCAAGCCAAUGUCGACCUUCGACGCUUCACCUUCAGUCGCUGUCAGAGAAGAAGUUUGAUCACGAUCCUGGUGGGCGGUCGGAGGCACCAUCCUCAUAGAAAAUGGCGACAUCACCAUCAAUAAUUGAAUCGUAUUACUUUGCUUCUUUUCUGAUUAGUUCGUUUCUUCCCUGCUCACAAUCUUAUGAUUUUGUUCACCCCAAAUUUUGAACGGUCGUUCAAUUGUUCUAUGAAAGAUCGUUGCACUCAAUUGUUCAAUUCCCUGCAGAAGA